UGAAUUCUUGGAACGAUGAAUUGGUCGCUUCAACGAUUUGUUGUCGUUUAAUUGAUCAAGUUUAAUCUCAGGCCAUGAAGAGUUUGUACCGGAGCGCUGUAGCGUUAGAUCAAUGUAGUGAUAAAGGCGUACGAGCUGCGCUGACUGCGCAGGCGACUGCGAGCGCUUUCCUACAGAAGUAUGACCGCAGGGAACUGCAGGAGCUGCUCGGUCUUACCGCCUGCAACUGGCUGCUCAGUGGAGAAGAACACAGACUGCACGUGGAUGCACCUCCGGGCAUCAUCAGACGAAUGCGCAACAUCUCAGAUCCCAACAUCGUCAUUCUUGCUCCCGUUGACUCACGUUUGCCCCUAGACUACAGGGUUGUUCACCAGAUAGUAAGAGAGCUGACUGUGGGAAUAUAUGGGUUUAACCAAAUUCCAGUUAUCAGUCUCGAGCCCAACUAUGACCGGAGCUCUACGUGCCAGUUACCACCAGCAUAUUAUGAUACAAAAAUUGGACAGAUUUUAAUAAAUAUAGAUUAUACCAUUAAGACUCUCUGGCACGGAUGUUAUAUUUCUAAGGAAAAGCGUGCAUGCUUCUCAGAGUUAUGGAGAAACAUCAUGGGUGUGAAUUCAGAUGGUGUGCCUCAGACCAAGAAAGAUGUGCUCGCAGAGUUUCUCAAUGCAGGUUUAAUAGACAUCUCACAUGAUCCCUGCUAUCACAACAUUUAUAAGGAGGACACAGAUGUAGACCCAACCUACGAGCCCAACAGCGUAGAAGAAGAGACUCUCUUCUCAAAAUACUCAGAGAACGUCCUGAUUAAGUUGAGCUCCUACCUGACCUCCAUCCGACAGCACCAAAAUCUGUUUGUGUUUAAUGGGACUCACAGCCUGUCUAAUGUUGUUCGACUCACUGAGGAUGAGAUUGGUCUAUCCACCUAUCAGAGGUUACAGAAAAGACUGUCCGGUCACAUUAGACUGGUGAGAAAUCACCUCGGACGAAAUGCAGAAGUCUCAAGGGAUCUUGCCUACCUGAAACUGAUCACGUUCCUGGUGCCCCUGCUGAUCUCCUUAAGAAAAAAGAUGUUGAUUCCUAAUCUGUCUCAAAUGCUUCCACCUUUGUCAGAGGACAAGCUAAAAACAGAACGAGAGGUACCGCCACAUAUUCUCGGACCGGAAUUUGCAUGCAAGCACUUUCCGUACAAACAAGAUCAGUAUUUUCACCUACAUGGAGGGAUUGAAUUAGAUGUCGGGACUCCUCCCCUGGAUGACAUUACUGAGGAAAUGAAGGUGGCCUUCAGAACACUUCAUACAGAAGCUGCAAAUUACCUGCAUGAGCUGCUUCAUCAUGACCCCACGUACAAAACACACUUUUCAAUUCCACUCAGUGAGAUUGAGGACAAAAGCUAUAAUGUCAUAUGCAUUGAGUUAGAGUCACUCUAUCCCCAGCAUAACACGAUUCAAUGGUGGGAAGCAUUAAACUCCAGCAUCAAAACACUCAAAGCAAAGAAACUUCCUCUGACUGACAUUGAGCUACACGAACAGUUCAAGAGAACGUUCGGUUACACAAAAGCUAUGAAGUGCAAGAACGUGGCGUUUGGACUGAAGUCAGCCACAGAGAGAGGACUUUCAGCUGCGUUUCACUCAUUGAGUCGCAGGAACUCUCCCUCACACCUGCAUGGCCUCGAUGAGAAGGGUCUCUCUCUGGUGCACCACGCGGCAGCCAAUAACAAAACACACAUCAUCGUGCAGCUGGCUACAGCAGAUGUGAACCUCAAUCAGACACGCAGCGGGAGAUUCACUAACAUGGGAAAACCAGAUGAACUUCAGUUCAUAGAAGGAGUAGGGCUCACGCCAAUGCACCUCGCUGCACAGUGCGGCUCUCUCGAGUCUCUAAACUGCCUUCUUGCACUGCGAGCAGACUACAAAGUUGUGGACAGGAGAGGCUGGAUGGCCAUUCAUUUUGCUGCCUUUUACAGCCAGGUGGCAUGUAUCCAAGCCCUAUGCAGAAAAGAUCCUACUCUACUGGAUUUGAAAACGUCUGCUGAGUAUAGCAGUUCACCACUGCUGCUGUCAGCUACCUCAGGUUCAACGGAGGCUCUGGGAUUUUUGUUGUCCAUUGGGGCAAACUGGAGAGAUGAAGACAGCAGGGGAAACAAUGUAGUCCAACUAGCUGCGCUUUACUUUCACACAGAUGUUCUAAGACUCCUUAUUCAGCUGAACCUGGACGGGUUGUCGGUGUGGAAGAUUCUUGUUGAGAUGAUUCAUAGUGAGGACUCCAGGAGACUUGAGAUGGCUCUCAGAUGCCUUGAGGUUCUUUGUGUAAACACUGAAUCCUUCUGUGAAGACAUCAUGAAAGCAGGAGGUGUUCCGGUCUUGGUGGACCUGCUGUCUGCAGGUACACAGGUGGUCCAGUGCAUGGCUGCAGCAGUGCUGUGUCACAUGACAGAGAAUGACAAAGUUGGUGAAGAUCUGGUGCAUUAUGGGGCUAUGUCGGUGGUGAUCAACCUUCUCAAGAGCCACCAGCCAGAACUGCUCUCUCGCUGUGCUGUCAUACUGGCUGAUCUGGCAGGACAUAGCGAUCAAUACCAGAACCUUAUUGCUCAACUGGGUGGUGUGGCCCUGGUAGUUAAGCUCCUGACCUCUAACCUCCAAGAUGUGCUAGUAAAUGCCUUGAGGUGCAUCCGUGCAUUAUGUGCCAGAAACCCAGGAAAUCAAUUUGCCAUCGUACGCGCUGGAGGAAUCCCACAUCUUGUUGAAUUUCUUUCUGUGAACUCUGUAUUGCAGGAGGAGACCUGCUUGGCUCUGGCAGAGUUGGCUUGGGAUCACAAGGAGAACCAGGAGCUCAUCUGUGCGGCAGGUGCGGUCGGUGCCCUGGUGCAGGCACUGCGAGGGAGGCAGAUACCUGCUCAGGUCAAAGCAGCCAAAGCACUUGAAUCUAUAGCCAGGCAUAAUCCUGCUAUACAACAGAGCUUCCUCAAGCAAUCUGCUGCCAAAUAUCUUUUACAACUUUUAAAGGUGUUUCAGGUGGACGUUCGGGAACAGGCUGCAGCAUCUCUGUGGGCUUUGGCUGGACAAACUCUAAAACAACAGAAAGUCAUGGCAGAGCAGAUGGGCAUCUCGCUCAUACUUGACCUUCUCCUCUCCUCCUCAGACAAAAUGCAAUACGUGGGGUGCCAAGCGGUGAUGGCUUUAAGCCGGGAUAGCUGUGCCCAUCAGAAUGGUUUUUGCAAGGAGAACGGGGUACCACCGUUGGUGCGUUUGCUUCGAGGGUCUCGAACAACACAGAAGACCCUACUUAGUGUCAUCAAAGCUCUGGGAUUUCUGUGUAUCGGAGUGGCGCUUACUGCUAAUAAAAAUAGUCAAAAGAUUAUUUGGAUGGAAAAGGCCAUUCCUACAUUAUUAGAGCUUUUAAAAUCUCAUGAGUCUUUGCAGGUCAAGGUGCAGGUGGUUCAGACUCUUGCCUUUGUGCUGCUGGGGAACCAAAAACUCCAGAAAGCAUUUUGGGAACAAGAGGACUUCUCUUAUGAGAUUAUUCUGGAUCUCCUGAAAGCUGAAGACAAAAACAUUUGCCUGGAUGCUGGACAUGCAUUAUCUCUAUUUGUAUUCCACAACAAAUCUCAACAGAGGGCGAUUCGACGAAUGUAUGCAAUUCCAAUGAACACAUAUGAGACCUUUUUGAAUUCAGACAAUGAGAUGGAAAGAGCUAACGCAGCAUUCCAGAUAGUUGUGUUAGCCAGAGUCAUAACAGGGUCAGAUGAGGUGGCUUUGACUACAAGGGGAAUCAUUGUUCUUGUUGAAUUAUUGCUGUCUGAUCAAUCUACUACUGUUGUCAUCACAGCACAACUCCUUGCUAAUCUGGCACACGUGAGAGAAGGUUUAACUGAUGCUAUUGUCACCAUGGGCACUAUAGACCAUCUCUGUGCUCAUUUGAGUUCAAAGGAUGAAGAGGUUCAAACAGCUUGUGCAAAUGCUCUGGGUUAUCUCACCUUCAAUCGCCACGCUCAUCGACAACUUAUGGCGAAAUGCAGACGAGUCCCUCGCAUGUAUCAUCUUCUAAUGGAGAAUCUAGCUAGAGAUGCCAGAAUCUCACAAUUCUUCACAGCAGAGUUUGAAAGACAGCAAAGAGAAGGGUUUCCAUCCCUCAGUUUGGAGAUCAGUGGUGACCCGUCUGUGCCCCACCGUACCAAUAAAGGACAGAUUAAAUGGAGUGCUGGACGUAGUCGGUCAGCAAGCAGUCUGGGGGAAACAGCAGCCCGUGUGCCGCACAACGCAAAACAGAGGGCAAGAACUGGACCCAGAUUCAGGGUGGGACAGAAGACCCGAAGCUCUUCCGACUGUCUCGGUGAAAGAGCAUGAACUUUGUAUAUUGAUC